AUGGACAAACCGGCAGACAGACAGACAGACAGACAGACAGAAAGACAGACAGACCGACAGACUAACCAGCAGACAGGCAGACAGACAGAAAGGCCGUUAGACAGGUAGAGAGACAGACCAAUAGACAGACAGAUAGACAGACCGAUAGAUAGGGCGACAGACAGAAAGACCGUUAGACAGGUAAAGAAACGGACAGACAGAAAGACAGACCGAUAG